AUGUUGAGGGCUAUGGGACAGCAUUGUGGCGCAGUGGCCGCGGCCGCGCGCGCGCGCGCGGCGCCUGCGGCGCUGCGGAUGCCAGCGCUGGCGAGAUCUGCGAGCUGUAGGCCUUACUCGGCGCCCGCGGCCGGCGGAUCGCCGAAGCCGCGUGGCGGGCGCGGCAAGCUGGUCGUGCUGCUCGGCGCGCUGGCGGCGGGGACCACGCUGUACUCGAUUAUGUACCAGAAGGCGCCGCCGCGGGAGCUGCGGGAGGCCGAGGACGAGUCCGCGCGGCCGCUGCCCGCGGACGCGUCCGUAGUGUUCGUGCUAGGCGGGCCGGGCUCCGGCAAGGGCACGCAGUGCUCGCGCCUGGUCGAACGCAUGCAAUUUGUGCACGUCGGCGCGGGCGACCUGCUGCGCGACGAGCAGAACCGGCCGGGCUCGCAGUACGGCGAGCUGAUCAAGCAUCACAUCAAGGAGGGACUGAUCGUGCCGCAGGAGGUGACCGUGGCGCUGCUGCGCCGCGCGAUCGAGGAGCACUACCGCGCUGGCCGGCGCAAGUUCCUGGUCGACGGCUUCCCGCGCAAGAUGGAUCAGGCCUUCACCUUCGAGAAAACCGUGGUGCCCAGCAAGUUCGUGCUGUUCUUCGACUGCCCGGAGCGCGUGAUGCUGGAGCGCCUGCUGACGCGCGGCCAGACGAGCGGCCGCAGCGACGACAACAUCGAGUCCAUCAAGAAGCGCUUCCGCACCUACGUCGAGACGAGCAUGCCGGUGGUGGAGCACUUCGCCCAGCAGGACAAGGUCGUCCGGCUCAGCUGCGACCAGCCUGUUGAGGAGGUCUACAAGCAGGUGGAGGCUGCCGUCAAGGAGAGACUCGGGCCUCACUAG